CUUCGGUGGUUGUCGGGAAAUACUGGUUCCAGGCGUGAUGUGUGGCCGUGAAUGCAGCAGCUACCAAAGAUCACAUAUUAUAGAAUAAAAUGUAUAGGAAAGAAAAUAAUCUGAAAGAAUGUAAACGCCUCUUCAUGGCGGAAAAAGAGCAGAGAAAGCGGCCUCUUUCCCUGAAAGACUUAACUGAGGGAAUAGCGUGCCCGCUCUUUUAUACAGUCAUUGGUUGCUUCCUGGUGUUGCUGCACAGGCUCUCGGUGUCCCCGAUUCAGUUUGCUGCAGUGUUAGUCCUGUCUUUAUUGUUGGAGUGUGAACGGAGAAAGAAGAAAGAUCCAGGGAGACGACUGCUGGUAAACUGGCGUCCUGUCUCGUCAUCUUUACACGUAUACAUAUAUGUCAUAGCAGCAGACUGUGUCUUCUACAACCGUAAAAGAAAUCAGACAACAGGUGUGUAUAUAAUGUCAGCUGUGGCUAACACAUUUGAAAAUGUGAAAGCAGUUAUUCUAUCAGCUCAUAAAAACACAACAUCAAGGGACAAGGUCUCUUUUUACAACUCCUGGGCAGAGAACUAUGAUCAGGAUGUGGCUGUCCUGGAUUACCGUGCACCAACUCUGGCAGCAAACUGCAUCUCUUCCCAUUUCAGUGGAGAUCGUGAAGGUGCCGUCGUAUUGGAUGUGGCCUGUGGUACAGGACUGGUGGCCACACAGUUAAAGAAACUUGGAUUUGGAAAGUUUGUGGGGGUAGAUGGAAGCAAAGCUAUGUUGGAGUUGGCAAGACAGAGCGGGUUGUACCAGGAUUCGAAGCAGGUCAUGCUGGGAGAAGAGCCACUGCCUAUCCAGUGGGUAGAUUCGUUUGAUGUGGUUGUGAUUGUUGGAGGACUAAGUUUUGGUCAUGUCCCUCCUGCUGUGGUCAGAGAUCUGUGCAAGUCCACCAAACCAGGUGGCUACAUUUGCAUGACUACCAGAAGUAACCAGGACAAUCUGGAGUACAAAGGCUUUCUUGACUCUGAGCUCAGGCAGAUGGAGAACGAGGGGCUUUGGACUUGUGUGGAGGUCACAGAGGUGGAAAAUUGGGAGAGAGCUGUGUCGGAGCACGAGGAUGGCUACAUAUCUGGCGCUGUAUAUCUCUACAAGAAACUAUAAUUAUACGUAUAUCACAAAAGUGUAUGGUGGUUUAAAAUCACACCAGCAAAGGUGCACUUAUUAGAGAAGAAACAAAAACUGGAUAAAAUUGACAUAAGAUUAAAAAGGAAGGCUUGAUUUUUGCAUUUGCAGAAUUAAGUAGGCUCAAAGAUGGAAAGCUGCUUUCAACCAAAUGAGUAUCUUGCAACUGAGUAACAGACUUUUCCUUACUGAAAGUAAAUGAACCCUUUUCUAAAUAAAUGGUUGUAUAACUUGUGUCUGUAA